AUGAGUCACCAAGGUAAACCAGGUGAGAGGGGCGCGGCAGGUGCACCAGGUGUGCAGGGCCCUGCCGGACCUACAGGUGAGAAGGGAGACACAGGUGAGCGGGGACCGGCAGGUGAGACGGGCACACCUGGCGAGGACGCACCUGCACCGACCGUCGUGGCGUUUUCCGUGGCGAGAACUGAUGAUAUGGUGUCGUCGCCAUCCUCCAACAAGGUGGUGACGUACAACGUGAUUAUAACCAACCUGGGCGAUGGGUACGACAGGAGCACGGGCAAGUUCACGGCCACGGUCGCGGGGACGUACUUCUUCACGUUCAACGGCAUCACGUUCUUCCUUGACGACGCCAGCUACUACCUGCGGCUGGUGAAGGACGGGGAGUUCGUGGUCGGGCUGUACGAGAAGAACGGGCCGUUCGAGGAGCACCAGGCCAGCAGUAACAACGCCAUCGUGCGGCUGGAGGCGGGAGAGCAGGUCUGGGUGGAGCUGGGAAAGGGAGGCCACGGUCUGCACAGUGCCUACCACCGGUAUCUUACGUUUAACGGGUUCCUUAUCGGUACAGGGCAGGAAUAGCGACACAGUGCGGACACAGUUUGUCCUGCAGCCUACAGUCUGCACACUGCCUACCAUCGAUACAGGACAGUAGUAAUAGCGCCACCAUGCGGCACAGUCUGUAUACUGCAUAUCAUCGGCAUCUCACGUUUAACGGGUUCCUCAUCGGUACAGGGAAGUAGUAUCAGCGCCACCAUACGGACACAUUUUGUAAUGCAGCUAAGGUACAUCCUUAACAGUAAUGUAGCAGUAACUGUUUCACUAUGCGGCACAGUCUGCACACUGCCUACCAUUGGUACAGGACAGUAGUAAUAGCGGCACCAUGCGGCACAGUCUGCACAGUGCCUAC